AUGUCAGAGCAUCAAAGACACUCAUCUGAGUAUUCUUCCCAAGGUAGUAGAAGAGAAUCGACUUCGCAUGAAGAAAUCAAAGUCGAGAAUUCAGAUAAGAAGCAAGCACGUGGCCAUUUAUAUGGAGAACUAUUCAGAAAUCCUUGGGCAAUCGUUGGUAUAUUCCCAGCAUUAAUAUUGGGAGCUUCAAAUAUUGUUGUUUAUAUAUUUUUUGGGAACAUUCUCAAUGCAUAUACAGACCAUGCUCUAUCAGUUAAAGCUCAUGAACAAGAUCCAUCAGUGCCAAUUGUUGAUAAGAUGCCAUAUAUUUCCAAGAAUUGCUUAUGGAUACUUUUGAUUGCAAUAUUUUGUGGAUUAAGCUCAUUUUCUGGAAAAGUAAUUUGGGAUAGAUUGGGUUCUAGAUUAUCAACAAAACUCAGAAAAAGAUUGUUUUUUCAGUUGAUGAAGAGCGAAGUAACAUUUUUUGAUGUAACACCAAUUGGUUCAGUCAUUUCAUUACUCUCUGAAGAUUCCCAAAUGAUCCAACAAUCCUUUGGUUAUAUAAAACACCAACAAAUUGAAAACAUCACAAAAUUUAUUAUUGGAAUUGUAUUGGCUUUUGUUUAUAGCUGGAAAGUCGCUCUCAUAUCUUUUUCUUCAAUUCCACUUGCAACCAUAUUCGUUGUGAUCUUUGCUCCAAUCAUUGGAAAAAAGAAUGUAAUUAGAUUUCAAUCUCUAUCAAAAUCAAUAACAUUAGCAGAAGAAUCAUUAUCAUCUAUAAGAACUGUAAGAGGAUACAAUAGAGAAGAUGCCGAAAUUGAGAGAUUUCGAAAAUUAUCUUUAGAAUCUUCAAAAUAUGAGCAAAUAUCAGGAUAUUUAGUAUCAGUAAUGUUCUUUUUAAUCAUGAUUGCCAUAUGGGCUGAUGUUCUUUCAAACUUAUAUUUUGCAGCAACAUUAGUUGAAAAAUCUUUGAAAAAUGGAACAAAAGAUUUUUUAAUUGGAGAUUUAAUGGCUUGCAAUAUGUUUACCGUUUUUGGAACAAUGGGUAUCAUGAUGCUACAAGCAAGUGUUGGUAGUGAACAAAAAUCUAUUGCAGCUGGUGCUCGUAUUCUCAAACUCUGCAAUCAUGUUCCUGAUAUUCCUUUUGAAGGAGGAAUUGACAAAGUUGAAAAUUUCCAAGGUCACAUCGAGUUCAAAAAUGUUACUUUCAGGUAUCCAACAAGGCCUGUUGAUGUGCUUAUAAAUGUUUCAUUUGAAGUCAAACCUCGAACACAUGCAGCUCUUGUUGGACAUUCAGGAAGUGGAAAGUCAACGUGCAUCCAACUAUUGGAAAGAUAUUAUGAUGUUUCUGAGGGAAUAAUUUUGAUUGACGGAAGAGACAUCAAAGAAUAUGAUCCAAGAUUUUUGCACAAGAAGUUUGGACUUGUCAGCCAGGAACCAACCUUGUUUAGUACAACGAUCUCUGAAAACGUGAAAUAUGGUAACCCUGAUGCAACUCAAGAGGAAGUUGAAAAAGCUUGUGAACUUUCAAAUGCAAAGAAUUUCAUUGAAAAAAUGGAAAAUAAAUAUGAAACACAAGUUGCAGAGAAAGGAUGCGCACUCUCUGGUGGACAAAGACAAAGAAUUGCAAUUGCAAGAGCUCUUUUAAAGAAUCCAACGAUUUUACUUUGUGAUGAAGCAACUUCAGCUCUUGAUUCGAGUUCUGAAAGAAAAGUUCAAGCAGCUCUUGAUAAUGUUAUGCAAAACAGAACAUCAAUCAUCGUUGCUCACAGAUUGUCAACAAUAAAGCAUUCUGAUAUUAUUUUUGUUUUCGAUGCUGGAAAGAUUGUUGAAUCAGGAACACAUGAUGAACUUUUGUCACAUAAGGGAGCUUACUUUAAUCUUGUUUCAAGACAACUUCUUACUGAAAGUUCCAAAAAAGAUGAACCGAUCAACAGUGCAAGAUCAAUAGAAAAAUCUCAUAAGGAAGAGGCACAAAUAGAAAUCAAGAAUGAUGAAACCAGUGAUAACAAAUCAUCUAAUGAUGGAUCUCAUGAAAAGGAAGAACACAAAGAAAUCAAAAACAAAGAAAAACCUUCCGAAAUCAAAACAAACCUUGAAAAUGAAGAUAAUACAGAAAACAUUGAAUCAAAAAAAGAAAUCAAAGAUAAUUAUGAUACAAAUGAUCCUUCUGAUUACUCAGAAUAUUCUUAUAGCUCCGAAAGCAGUAUAUCUGUUUAA